AUGCCUACUCUCUUCAAGUUCAGAGAACGUCACAAAAACAAGAUUGAAUCCGUUAAUGAUUUAGUACCUAAACUUGUAAAAGAAAUAUUCUUAUGUGAUGAGGCCCGAACCGUACAGUGGCGCACACGCUUACAAGUUAAGCCUCAGCUACCUAAAGAAAGAAAGUAG